GUAUGCAAGUGUGUAGUUCAUUUCGUGCGCAGCUCUUGCGAGGGAUGCACGUUCGUCCGUGUGUCGUCGUGUCGUUGUGCAGCAAGAAUUAGUUUAUCAAAAUGCGCGAAUAGUGCGUUAAUCGAAUAUCACACUCUACAUCUUGGUUUAUUGUGUUUCGAAAGGCAAACAUCGGAUUGAUUGCAGUGCAAUACGGCAGUUUCCAAAUCGGCAGUGCAGCUGGCAAUAGUUGUCGAAAAGGUUUGGCGUUCGUCGAAGUUAUGAAGCUGGCGAUGUAAACGCAGCCUAUCGCCUGUCGUGGUGUGCGUGUGAUCUUUUGGGGAAGUGUGUGAUGUUUUAUGUGGAUGUCACUUGGAAGAAGAAAAAUGGGCACGCAGUGAUCUAAACAGAGAAGACUAACAACAAAUUAAAAGAUAAAGUCAAUACAGCGUUACGGCAAAUACUCUACGCAACGAAAGUUGUACAAAGUGAUUGGGAUCGUCCAUGCGGUGUGUGGUGUGUGCCGCUUCCCGUCGAACCGAAGGCACGCGGAAUGUGUGAUGGAAACUUGGUUUGUGACACCAGCCUUGGUGAGCGUGAAGAUUUAGCCCAGUAGGGGAACCUCAUAAAAUGACGAAAAAAACAAAACCCAAGAUAGAAUCGAGUGAUUCGAUCGAAACGGUUACUAAACCGGACAGUGAAUCUGUACAGGGCAAUGAACUUAAUGCGGCAAUUAUGGCUGCGUCGCAGCCACAAAGCGCUGCACAGCAUCAAGUUCAACAACAGUUGCAAGCGCAACAACAGCAACAUCAGCAACAACAACAACAACAACAACAGCAGCAACAACAUCAUCAUCAACAGCAACAACAGCAGCAGCAACAACAACAACAGCAGCAACAGCAACAGCAACAGCAACAGCAACAGCAGCAGCAGCAGCAGCAUCAGCAGCAGCAACAACUGCAACAGCAGCAGCAACAACAAGCACAACAGCAAGCACAACAGCAAGCUCAACAGCAGGCUGCCGCUGUUGCACAGCAACAGCAAGCGCAUGCUGCCGCACAGCUUCAGGCGCAAAUACAACAGGUUUCGGCGCAAGCACAACCUCAGGUUAUCACCUUACAACAGCUUCAAAACUUUCUCCCACAACAUCAGCUAAACGCUCUCACUACAGCCGAUGGUACCGCUGUGCAGAUGGCUGCAUCGGCCGCUCCUGGUACAGCCGGAGCGACACCAGUCGGUACACCGAUGAAAACGUUCGUCACUUCCGCGCCCCAGAUGCAAGGGCACUCGCAAAUUGUUAGCCUGCAAAGCUUACCGCAACAGUUUUUGCAAGGCGGCGGACAACUGGUACAAAACCAGAAUGGACUCUUUCAGAUGAUUCAACCAGUGCAAACGAUUAGCCUCGAUGGCCAGGAAGCACUGUAUGUACCGGCAGGUUUCCAUGCUCAACAGCAGCAACAGCAGCAGCAACAACAACAACAACAACAGCAGCAACAGCAGCAACACCAGCAGCAGCAACAGCAACAGCAGCAACAACAAAUGCUGGCCGGUGCGCAGGCAGUGCAAAUUAAUGGUCAGCCGGCGUAUAUUACACCGUCUGGACAGAUUAUCCGUGCGCCAAAUGGGGUUUUACCAGCAAAUUUUCUCCAAAACAUGCCGCAGUCAGUUCAACUACCUACUGCUGGUCAGGCUACGCUAACCAUACCGGGCACUAAUAUAACCAUACCAUUGGGAACAUCUAAUGCCCCUAACAUACUUCAUCAAGUACCACAACAACAACAACCGCAGCAGCAACAGCAACAGCAACAGCAGCAGCAGCAACACCAGCAGCAGCAACAGCAACAGCAGCAGCAACAGCAACAGCAACAGCAACAGCAACAGCAACAGCAGCAACAGCAACAGCAACAGCAACAGCAACAGCAACAGCAACAGCAACAACAACAAAAUCAGCAACAACAACAAAAUCAGCAACAGCAGCAGCAACAACAGCAAAAUCAACAACAACAAAAUCAGCAACAGCAGCAGCAACAUCAGCAGCAGCAGCAACAACAACAGCAACAACAAAAUCAGCAGCAGCAACAACAACAACAACAACAACAACAACAACAGCAGCAGCAACAGCAGCAACAGCAGCAGCAACAACAACAACAGGCACAACAGCAAACAACUCAACAAAUUGCUCAGAACCAGCAACAACAAAUAGUUACCCAGCAGCAGGCAAUAGUGUCGCAGCACCAACAGCAACAACAAACCGCUGCUGCCACAAAUCAACAGCUGCAGCAGCUUCAGCAGGCUACAUUUACUAUACCGGGCACGAAUAUACAGGUGCCAGCGUCCACUAUGACUGCGUUGAAUCAACUCCCUGGCAACAUAACAACGAUUAAGUUAGAAGGAGGACAAAACGUGCAAGUACGUCCAGCAGGCACCGCACUUCCGCAAGUGGUUCAAUUUCCGAUGCAGCAAACUAUCCCAGUACAAAUGCCGAUAUCAACAGCAAACGGGCAGACUGUGUAUCAAACUGUUCACGUCCCAGUGCAAACGUUUGGCUCAUUGGUACAGCCCCAGAUGCAGGUUAUACCGCAGAUACCACAGAUGGCUAACAUCAUCACCCCCAGCGGCCAAAUUCAGCAGAUACAGUUGACGUCUCUAAAUCCGUUGGCUGGGUUACAAGCAGCAUCAAUGCAUCCUAACAUCAUCCUUCAGCAGCCACAAGCUACCGCUCAACAAAUUCAGAAUGGCCCAAACGGACCAAUGGUCGUGAGCACAGCUCAGCCACAGGCUGCCGGGCAGGAUCCCAACGCUGCUAACCAUCAGCAGCAGCAACAGCAGCAACAAGUUCAGCAACAAGUUCAACAGCAAGUUCAGCAACAACAGCAAGUUGCGGCAGCGGCUGCGCAACAAAUGGUGGCUGCAGCGGCAGCUGCAGCAUCAGGUAGCACAGGAGGGCAACAACCGCAACAGCAAAUGAUCAGCGGCUUAUCACAACCAAUAACGAUCACUGCUGCGCCCGGCGGUCCUCAGAUUGGUCAGCCAAUAACGCUGCAGCAAUUGCGUCAGCAUAUGCCAGGGCUUGCAGGGUUGCAGGCGAUUCCUGUGCAAAAUAUUCCCGGUAUUGGAAACGUUCAAGUUAUACCGACAAAUUUCAUGCAACCGGUUCAACCGCAAACAGCAGCGUCGCAGCCUCAGUUGAACCCGGUCACUCAAGCAGGGCAGCAUCAACAGCUACAGCAGCAGCAGCAAGGUAUGCAACAACAGCAUCAGCAGCAGCAACGCGCUAUAGUCGCAGCCCUUCAGCAGGCAACGGCGCAACAAUUAUCAAGUAUAAAGCAGGAUCCAAGCGAACCCGCUAAACACUUGGUGAAGCAGGAGUCCUUGUCUACGCAAUCGGCGACAGCUGGCAACGGGGCCACACUAGCUACCGGUGCUCUGUUCACGUCGGCCGUAGGCGCUCCUGCCCAGAUAGUGGCAGUCAGUAGUGGCGCUGGGAGCUUGGGAGGGCUAGGAAUACCUAGCAGUACGAUCCCAGGUGGUGCAUCGACCGCAACGACUCCAUCCUCCACCCAGGUAAACAGCGCGAAGGGAGAUCACGUAGGCGGUUCCCCUAAUCAAGCUACCGGUAACGUGAACGUUGGUGCUAAUGCUCGCGUUGCUUCUGAGACAGGAGGGAAAAGAGGAGUAGGGAAAGGAGGAAGAGCGGGAUCGGGAGCCGGAGCAGCCACAGCAAUCGCAGGGGCAAAGGCAGGUGCAGGGAUGGGGAUGGAACUGGGCACAGCAGCAGGAAAAGAAGAGCCAGGUGAAAUGGAAGCCGAAACCACGAUAAUAUCAGCAGAAAAGCGACGGCGGCACACGAUACCGAAGGUAGUCUCGGCAACGCACACGAUGAAUGGGACCCCACGGCAGCGGGUGCGACGUGUUGCGUGUACGUGCCCAAACUGUGAGGUCAAGUCGAGUGGGCCGCCGGAUCGGAAAAGACAGCACAUAUGCCACGUAAGCGGCUGCAAUAAGGUGUACGGAAAGACGUCUCAUUUGAGAGCUCACCUGCGUUGGCAUACAGGAGAAAGACCCUUCAUAUGCAACUGGGGUACGUGCGGGAAACGAUUCACGCGAUCUGACGAACUGCAGCGACACCGGCGGACACACACGGGUGAGAAGCGGUUCGAAUGCGUCGAGUGCAACAAAAAGUUUAUGCGCAGCGAUCACCUGUCCAAGCAUAUACGGACCCACGGAAAGUUCAAGCGGGAUCAUGACUCUGACGGUUACUAUAAGUCUGGCGAUGAGCUCACUUACGAGGAGGAAGAAAUCCAUGAAAUUGACGACACUGACUACAAAAUGGAUGACGAAGACGAUGCGGACCUGGAAAGACAAUCUCACCACUCCUCAACUGCUGGUGCAUAUGACGCUGAUAAAAAGGAUGACAUCGGAUCUCCUCACACUGGAUCGUCCGACAGUAACGAUAGCUCGGAUCACAAAAUGAUGAUCACGAUCGGUGGAGACGAAGCGGACCAUGAAGUGUACGAUUCCAAUUAGUGCUGCCGUACUCGACAACCCUGGAACGAACUCUAUUCCCCUUGCAGGAAAGCCAUGAGUAUUGUAUCAGUUUGUUCAUAUUAGUAAUACUUACCCAACUCGGCAAAGUUAAAGUCCUUCAAAGCAAAACUCGUUCGCAGUAGUUUGCAAAUAAUCUCGCUCUAAGGAAAGUUUGGUACAAGCAGUGUGCGGUGAGCGUACCGAACGAACCCUAAAAAAGACAAUAUGAAUCAAUCAAUUUUUAACGAUAUUUUUCUUUAUCCGCUCGUUUAUUGUAUGCACCAUUUUUGAAUC